ACGACAGUAUUGUUAUGGAAAGAUAAUAGAAACCCUAAUCUUUCUUCAAAAAAUAUGUGAUUGUGAUUCACUUCCAUAAAUGGAAUGCUAAUCUCUCCUUGUAUAUACAUAUGGCUUGAAGCUAUGUUAUUGUGUGCUCAUAUUGGAACUAACUACAAGGUUGGAAACGCCAUUAAAACCUAAGGUGAAUAAAAACGGAAAAAUGGGUCGUGGUAAGCUAACCAUGGAACUCAUACGCAAUGAGAGAUCUCGGAUGAUUACUUAUCACAAAAGAAAGAAGGGUUUGACAAAGAAAGCUAGGGAAUUCCAAAUUCUCUGUGGUGUAGAUGCAUGUGUUAUCAUUUUGGGGCCAAAACUGAAUAAUCAUCCUGUUGAUGUCGAAACCUGGCCAACCGAUCGCAUUGAGGUCAGACGCAUUAUCAACAGGUUUAGGUCGGAAGGUACAGACCGAAAGAAAACACAAGAUUUGUCUUAUUUUUUUGAAGCUCGGAAGAAGAAACUGGAUGAUGAAAUUGCUAAACUGCGCAAAGCCUGUAUGGAAGCAAAGUUCCCUGCAUGGGAUAAUCGUCUCAACUUGUUAUCACUCGAGCAACUCAGGGUACUUGCAGGAGUUUUCGAAUCUAAACUUGAUGUUGCAAGAGGUUGGAUAAUGAAGCUAAAAGGCAACCCCUUUUUGAUGGAAGAUUCCAAGUCAGGGAUUAAUGCAGCUGGCUCCAUUAGUGAUAAAUCAAGCUUUCUGGCUUCGAGUACUCUUGCUAAUGCCUUACUUCCGAAGAAUAUUGAAUUAGAGGCUCUAAACCACCAACCCUUUUCUUGUGCCAAACCAAUAGAUAUGCCACUGGCUACAUGCUACCCAUCUCAUCAGCUGCAACAGAUGCUUCCAUUCAAUGUCAAUCCUAUCAAUAGUCCCAUGUUGAUGAUGAUGAACCAUGAAGAUUUCGGUCAGUUUGGCGGCCUUUCUAGUAGUAGCACCAUAAAAUCCACAGUUCAAUACAAUUAUGAUCCAGCCACAGAGAUGAUAGGGAACAUGAUGUUCAACAAUCCCGGCUGGGAACUCUCAGCAAGCUAUCAUGGUCCAAGCAGGCAACCGAUUUUUCCCUACCGGCAGGGUCCAAUGACGCAGAAUGUUUCUUCUCAACUGUGCAUCCCUCAGUUCUCUUAUUUUUUUGAUGUCAACGAGCUUGAGAUGAACAGAACAGAAAACUUCGGAUGAAAACAGAUGCUUUUUGAUUGAAACGUAGACACAUGCACAAACAAAACGGGCACCUAAUCACUGGUGAUUUUGAAUGUUUAUGUUAGAUGUGUUGUCUCCCAAUCAAUAAGCCUUUGAGAAGCAGUCUCAACGAAUAAGUCUUUUUAUAAUAUCAAUUUCUAUACAGCCCUUUAUUA